CAGAGCCACUGAGUGCGGCUAUAAUUUUUUCUUCCUGCUGCAAACUGAACCGGAUUCCAGAAUGGGGGGUCCAAAAGAUUCAAAGAAAAAAAUUAAAGGUAAUUUGGACGAUUUGAAACGUGAAUUGGAAUUGGACGAGCAUCGCAUCCCGGUGGAGGAUCUUUACCGUCGUAUGAAGUGCGACCCAGUUAAGGGUUUGACGACAGCGCAAGCUAAAUCCAACUACGAACGUGAUGGACCUAAUGCCCUGACGCCUCCCAAGACAACGCCGGAAUGGGUGAAAUUCUGCAACCAGCUCUUCGGCGGUUUCUCAAUGCUCUUGUGGAUCGGCGCCGUCCUCUGCUACGUGGCUUACUCAAUUGAAAUCUACAGAAAUCCUGAAGUCCUAGGCGAUAACUUGUAUCUCGGCAUCGCACUGACGGUAGUCGUGGUAGUGACGGCCAUGUUUUCCUACUUCCAAGAAAGGAAGAGCAACAAGAUUAUGGAGUCUUUCAAGAAUUUGGUGCCGCAAUUUGCUCUAGUCAUCCGCGACGGCCAAAAAUCCACCAUCAAGGCUGAACAGCUCACGAUCGGUGAUCUGGUCGAAGUCAAAUUUGGUGACCGUGUUCCGGCCGACAUCCGCAUCUUGGAGGCCCGACAGUUUAAAGUCAACAACUCUUCACUAACGGGAGAAUCGGAACCACAAAGCCGCACUCCGGAAUUCACCAAUAACAAUCCUCUAGAAACCAAAAAUUUGGCUUUCUUUUCAACCAACGCAGUUGAAGGUACGGCUCGCGGUAUCGUGAUUAAUAUCGGUGACAACACCGUGAUGGGUCGUAUCGCUGGAUUGGCUUCCGGUUUGGAAACGGGCGAAACUCCGAUUGCCCGAGAGAUCUCGCGUUUCAUUCACAUCAUUACCGUGGUGGCCGUCUGUUUGGGUGUCACAUUUUUCAUCCUCGCCAUGGUUCUAGGUUACAGCUUUUUAGAGGCUGCCAUCUUUUUGAUCGGUAUCAUCGUAGCUAAAGUUCCUGAGGGAUUGUUGGCCACCGUCACAGUCUGUCUAACACUGACGGCCAAGCGCAUGGCUAAGAAGAACUGUUUAGUUAAGAACUUGGAAGCCGUCGAGACCCUUGGAUCCACUUCGACCAUUUGCUCCGACAAAACCGGAACUCUGACACAAAAUCGCAUGACAGUCGCUCACAUGUGGUUCGACAACAAAGUCAUCGAAGCCGACACCACCGAAAAUCAAUCCGGUGCCCAAUACGACAAGACGAGUUCCGGUUGGAAAGCCUUGUCCCGUGUCGCUUGUCUGUGCAGUCGAGCCGAAUUUGAAAGUGGACAACAAGCCGUUCCUAUUAUGCAACGUGACGUUAACGGAGACGCUUCCGAAGCCGCUUUGCUCAAAUGUGUCCAAUUAGCCACUGGUGAAGCUAUGGCGAUUCGGGCACGUAAUGCUAAAGUUUGCGAAGUUCCAUUCAACUCGAGCAACAAGUAUCAAGUGUCUAUUCACGAGAACGAAGACAAGAGAGAUGGUCGAUAUUUCUUGGCCAUGAAAGGAGCUCCGGAGAGAAUCCUUGAUCUCUGCACGACCGUAUUCAUUAACGGAGAGGACCGACCUAUGGAUGAGAAAAUGAAGGAAGCUUUUAACUCGGCUUACAUGGAAUUGGGUGGAAUGGGCGAGCGUGUUUUAGGUUUCUGCGAUUUUCACCUACCUCUCGACCAAUAUCCGAAAGGCUACAAAUUCGACGCUGAUGAAGUUAACUUCCCCAUCAGUGGACUUCGUUUUGUUGGAUUGAUUUCCAUGAUUGAUCCACCCCGAGCUGCUGUUCCCGACGCUGUAGCCAAAUGCCGAUCAGCCGGAAUCAAAGUUAUUAUGGUGACGGGCGAUCAUCCGAUCACGGCCAAAGCUAUUGCUCGUGCAGUGGGCAUUAUUACGCACGACAGCGAGACAGUUGAAGAUAUUGCCGCUCGUUUGAACGUGCCGGUAGACAGAGUGAAUCCGCGCGACGCCUCUGCAGCCGUGAUUUCUGGGUUGGAGCUGCGUGACAUGGAUGCUAACCAACUUGACGCAGUUUUGCGUAAUCAUUCCGAAAUCGUUUUCGCCCGCACAUCUCCCCAACAAAAGCUCAUCAUCGUCGAGGGUUGCCAACGUGCCGGUGCCAUUGUGGCCGUCACAGGCGAUGGUGUUAACGAUUCGCCAGCCUUGAAGAAAGCUGAUAUCGGUGUGGCCAUGGGUAUUGCCGGAUCCGAUGUCUCUAAACAAGCCGCCGACAUGAUUUUGCUCGACGAUAAUUUCGCUUCGAUCGUAACUGGAGUAGAAGAAGGACGUCUGAUUUUCGACAACUUGAAAAAAUCCAUCGCUUACACACUGACGUCUAAAAUUCCGGAACUUUCGCCGUUCUUGGCUUUUAUUUCAGUCGGCAUUCCGUUGCCGCUUGGCACCGUUACAAUUCUCUGCAUCGAUCUCGGAACGGACAUGGUACCGGCCAUUUCACUGGCUUACGAAGAGGCUGAAUCUGACAUUAUGAAAAGGCGCCCACGUAACGCUCAAACGGACAAACUCGUGAACGACAGGUUGAUUUCCAUGUCCUAUGGUCAAAUCGGUAUGAUGCAAGCGGCCGCUGGUUUCUUCACCUACUUUGUGAUCAUGGCCGAAAACGGUUUCUGGCCAAUGUAUUUAUUUGAUCUGCGAAAGCGAUGGGACUCGAAGGCCAUCAACGAUCUCCAAGAUUCCUACGGUCAAGAAUGGACUUACGAACACCGCAAACAAUUGGAGUUCACCUGCCACACGGCCUUCUUCGUCUCAAUCGUGAUCGUCCAGUGGACUGAUUUGAUCAUUUGCAAAACCAGACGCAAUUCGCUGUUCCAGCAGGGCAUGCGCAAUCACGUUCUCACUUUCGGUCUUUUCUUUGAGACGGCCGUCGCUUGCCUCCUCUCCUACACUCCCGGCAUGGACAAAGGUCUUCGCAUGUACCCACUCAAGUUUCACUGGUGGUUGCCAGCAAUGCCAUUCGCUGUUUUGAUUUUCGUUUACGACGAGAUCCGCAAAUAUAUUAUCCGUCGCCAUCCCAACGGUUGGGUAGAGAAGGAAACAUAUUACUAGAGUCUUAUAAUUUGCCAAGAGUAUGCAAAU